UACAACUAUCCAUUGGUUGUAUUUUCAGGGUGUAACCACCAUUCUCAGACAGUAAUUUUUGGUGCUGCAUUGGUAGCAGAUGAAACGACGGAGACGUACAAGUGGGUGUUGAAUUGUUUUUUAGAGUGCAUGGAAGGUAAACAACCAAAAGCAGUGGUAACAGAUGGAGAUGGGGCAAUGAGGGAGGCCAUAAAACAGAUUUUUCCCGAUGCCACCCACAGGUUAUGUGCUUGGCAUUUGAAUAAGAAUGCAGUUGAGAAUGUGAAAGAUAAUCCAGAAUUUUUGGACGGUUUUCAAAAAGCCAUGUACUCAAAUUUCACAAAGGAUGAAUUUGAAGAGUAUUGGUCAGAGCUAAUUAAAGAAACUGAAGUGGAACAACAUCCAUGGGUUGUCAAAACUUAUGAGAAUAGGUCACUAUGGGCAACUGGAUAUCUACGUGAUCAGUUUUUUGGACGUAUAAGGACUACGUCUCAAUGUGAAGCUGUUAAUGCAAUAAUAAAGACUUAUGUCAGGACGAAAGGCUGCAUUUUUGAAUUCAUGCAUAAUUUUGAUCAGGUUUUGAGAGAUUACAGAAAUAAUGAAUUGGAAGCUGAUUUUAAGUCAAAGUUUACGGUACCUGUGUUGACAACUCAACUGCGUGUGAUUGAGAGUGAUGCCGCCAAUACUUAUACUGCGGAGAUUUUCAAAGAAGUUAAAGAGCAAAUUCUGAAGGCUGGUGCAUUGAUAGUUAAGCAUAAAAGUGAUCACGGGGAUACAAAGAUUUAUACAUUAACAAAAUUUUGUAACGAUACAUAUGAAAGGAAAGUUGUAUUUGAUGGUACCACAUUGCAAUGUUCGUGUAAGUUGUUUGAUUCUCGCGGUGUUCCAUGUUCUCAUAUAUUUUAUGUCAUGAAGGAUGAACAUGUUGAUCAUAUUCCUAGGCCCUUGGUAUUGUCGCGAUGGACCAAGGAUGCCAAAAUUGAGUAUUUGAACAACAUGGAAUGUAAUGGUGAUGUUGAUUCGAACGUAGUUGAGGAAGCUCGUUUUGGUGCAUAUUGUUCGGCCUUUACAAGUUUUUGCAAAGAAGCUGCAAAAAAGAAUGGUGUGUAUGGCCAAAUUUUGGAUGACAUUAUGAAAUUACAAAAAAAGUACUGCAUUAAUGAUGAUCCUAUUAUUGGGACACAAAAUCCAGCAGUCGGUGAUCCGGUGGCGGUUAAGAGUAAAGGUGCUCCAAAGAAAAAAAAGAAAGAACCAAAAUCUGUCAGGCGAUGUGGAAAAUGCAACGCUACAACUCAUAAUGCGAGGACAUGUUCCGAGGGUACACAAAAAGCGACAGAACCAAUAGUUGAUUUGCAGUCGGUGUCGAUAUCUGAUGCUAUAAGCCAAAUGGAUGAGAAAAAGAAAAGAAAAGCAACCUGCAAUGUUGACAGAAGUGUGCAAAAGAAGGGUUCACGUCCACCGAUACACCGUGGCGCUAAGGCCACAGUGACAACACAAGCAGACACAAAUGGAUGUUACAAUCAAAUGCAUUUCCAAGCACAGAUGGAUGUUACAGGCACAAGCAGACAUUUAAAUGCAAUGUGUGGAGUUCAACCUGUUAUGCCGAUGGUACCUCAAAUGUUUCAACCAAUGCAUUUGCAACCCGUAUACCCAAUGUAUGGAAUGAGUGUUGGGCAAACUGCAAGUUCGUGCUACGGUAUGCUACAACAGAGUGUCGGGCAAUCUUCACGUUCGUGCUACAGUCUGCUACAACAAGUUGAAAAGGCUGCUACUGAUGAUUGAGUAUUUUAGUAGUAGUAUAAUUGAAUGCAUUUUGAUAAUGUUGAUGUACAAUUCUGGUUUAAUUAUGUUUGUGGAUAAAUUGUUUGGGAUUUCAUGUUUGUUUUGAUUUACUUGGAGAAAUUGGUACAAUAGUGAUUCAUGACUGUUAUUUAUGCUUUAAUAUGAG